GACUGUUGCCAAAUUAAGGCAGAUGAGGCAGGUUCAGUCUUCCUCCUUUGUGUCUGACGAUGGCUCUUACCUGGAGUGGGUGACCUGGAACAACUCUCUCCCAAACGAUGCUGUAUCAAUUUACAAUGGAUAUGUUGAUCGUAUUGAUUAUAUCUGCAAAUACAGGUGUGAGGCUGGCUUUUAUACACCCAGUAAGGGCCCUUAUUGCCACUAUUCCGGCACAAGAAAAGCCUAUUCUGGUUCCCCGUUUGAGAUUCUGGUGAACAAAAACAACUUUGAGAUCCUGGAGUGGAAGGAGGAUUCGUAUGGUUCAGUGCCCCAGAAUUCAGUCAGAACCUGCCCUGGGGAGGACAUAUUUGUAGGGAAGAACAAAUAUGGACUUGGGAAGGUUUCUACUCAGGAUAAGGCCUUCUACCUGCCGUGGGAGGGUUCUGAAUAUUGGUACAACUACUAUGAGGUCCUGACCAUCAAUGAGAAUAUAAUCAGCCAGAAGAUCUAUGAUGUCAAGUAUAAUAUUGAUGAGUCUAAAAUCUUAAAAUAUCCUCCAGAGAUCAUACGAAAAACAGCCAUCAGCAACUACGAAUGCCGCUCAGUGGUGAAAACAGAUUCCCUAUCAAAGACAUAUCAGGUUGAGCAAAGGUGGGACUUCACCUCUGCUAUCAAAGUUGGUGUUAGAACAAGCUUUGAAGUCGGCAUCCCUUUCUUGAGCACAAAUAUUGAGAUCAGCAGUGAGGUGACAUUACAGUACUCCAAGGGAGAAAUAGUGACAGAAGUAAUCACUGAUACUGUUUCUGUGGAGAUCACAGCUCCGCCAAACCGCUCCUGCAUAGUUAAUAUGGAGCGGUAUAAGUAUAAGAUUGACAUCCCGUUCACAGCGCGCCUCAGCCGCACCUAUGGUAACGGGGAGAUCCACACAACGUCCAUCACUGGGACGUAUGACAGCAUUCAGGUUGCAGAAGUCCGGGCUGUGGUGGACCGAUGUGAACCUGUGGACAACCCCCAGCCGUGCACAUGA